CCAAGAUCCACACCAACCUUUUUUUUUUGUAUGAACCCCAACCAUCGCCAAUCGCCAAUGCGAAGUACCCUUGCCUAUUCGACUUCGUCGGCCUUGUUCACUUACAAUGAGCUUCCUCAAUGACUAACUCUAAGGCCAAACAGGCUGCCGUAUCGUAUUGCUGUAUAUCGGCAAUUCAAUCAUCGUUUUCGAUCGAGUGUUUCUUGUGCGCCUUGUGCCUCACCAGUGACAUGAUAAUAUCUACUAUCGCCAGCUAUUCGUCCCUUGCGACGCCCUUGGCUAUUUAAACAUCGAAACCACCGGCUCUCAAACUUCAGUCUCGACAUCAACACUCUUUGCCGCCCAAUUCCUCCGCCCUGCGCGACCAUGUUGUUCAAUGAAGAAGAUGCGGAUCUCAUUAAAGCUUGGAUCGUCAAGCGUCUGGAGAAUAACUCCGAUGCAGAUGCCGAUGUCCUUGCCGACUAUGUUUUAGCACUAUUGAGGCACGACGGCGACGUCGAGACAAUUCGGAAGCUCUUUGAAGAGGAAAUACCUGACUUUCUACGAGAGGAUGCGGCAGCAUUUACCGACGAUGUCUUGCAGGCAGUCCGGUAUCGAUCUUAUAUCCCCGGAGCCCCUCCAGCUCCGCCUGCUCCUCCCACCAUGCGACAGCCUCGUUUCCCACCCCCGGCAGCGCUAACACAUGUUGCGCCUCGUCCUGACAUGAUGCAACCAUCAACAUCUCUAUAUCAUCCUUCCGCCCCCUUUUCCGAGCCUUUGGCGCCGCCUCCAUUCCUCCAACCUAACUCACGCAAGCGGGCUCAUAAUGAUCGUGAUGAUGGCGAUGUAGAUAUUAUCCUCAACAGCCAGACUCCAUAUGGCCCGCCUCACAAGCAACCACGGCGUGGAGGUGGCUUUGGCCAACGCGGUGGAAGGCAUGAAGAUCUAUACAAAUCAAAAAACUACCGAGGACUGCCACAGUUCCCUGGGCUUCCUGGUCCAGCGCCAUACGGAGCUCCCAUGUCCUUAGGCCCACUUCCAAUCGAUCCUAACAGCAUUCUGGAGAACAUCCAGUUGCUGCAGUCCUUGCUUCCUACUACCGCGGACUUGCCCCCAUCUACCUAUCCAAGAAACCUCUCUUCAUCGAACCGAGGAAAACGACGGUGCCGUGACUACGAGAAAAAGGGUCACUGCCCCCGAGGGAGAAACUGCAACUUCGACCAUGAUGCCGAACAACCAUUCAUGUUACCUCCGAUGCCUAUGGCAGUUGAUGAAUACGACCCUAGUAAUGCAGUAUUGUCUCUGCCUCCUUUCGGUGUGCAGCCACCACCAGCAGGGCAACAGUUGGAUCUCACUAAUUUCCCAUUACCCCAACCCGCGAGCCGACGUGAACUUAAGAAGCCACGACGGAUGAAAGGUCGACCUCCAUUCGCUGCCAACGGCGCUAAUCAUGACAAGACUAAAACAUCUAUUGUCAUUCAAAAUAUACCGAACGAGAAUUUCUCCGAGGAGCAAGUUCGUGGCUAUUUCAGCCAAUUCGGAAACAUCGUAGACGUUCAAAUGCAGCAUCAGAAUCGUCUAGCUAUUGUCAAAUACGAUUCCUGGGAGGCAGCAAACGCGGCUUGGGGCUCACCGAAAGUGAUAUUUGACAACAGGUUUGUUAAAGUUUUCUGGUACAAAGACGAAGGCAGCGAUGCGCCAACACCAAAUGGAAACCGUUCGAACAAUGCAGCGAACGGCCAUGUCGAUGGGACCCCAUCAGCUGGGGAUUCUGUUUCUGCUCAGCCGGAACUUGAUCUUGAAGAGUUCCAUCGUAAGCAACUGGAAGCGCAAAGAAUCCAUGAUGAGAAAACGAAGAAGCGACAAGAAAUCGAGCGAGAGCGUCAAGAACUAGAAGAACGUCAGAAAGCGCUUCGUGAGCGACAAGUAGAAGCGAAACGCCAGCUUCAAGCUAAGCUCAAAGCAACCGGGCUGAAAGAUGGUUCUUUAUCGCCCGCAGGUGUUUUCACUGAGGGCGGGAACAAAAAGCCAAGUGCGGAAACCGAAGCUCUUAGGGCCCAGCUUGCUGCUCUCGAGCAAGAAGCCAAUCAGCUCGGUAUCAAUUCUGAUGAGAACCAUGAUGAUGCUUCAUCGUGGACCUUGAGAGGGAGAGGUCGCGGUAGAGGUUACCGAGGGCGUGGGACGUUUGCCCCAAGAGCAAUCCGUGGUGCUUAUGGAUAUCGGGGUAGAGGAGGAAUUGUUGAAUCCAGGCACGCUGCCUAUGCCGCAUACUCCUUGGAUAACCGACCCAAGGUUGUGGCUUUGUCUGGAGUCGAUUUUACGAUCCCUGAAAAUGAUGAAGCGCUUCGGCAGUAUCUCUUUAGUGUUGGAGAGUUUAAAGAAGUUCACGGCGCUCCAGCAGUAACGCAUGUUAUAUUCAAGGAUCGUAAGACGGCGGAAAAGUUUAUGUUUGGUGUUUCUACAAGCAACUGUAUCCACGGUAUUGAGGACAAGAUUGAGCCGACAUGGGUCAAGGCAGCUCCAGAAUCAGCGAAGAUGACCGAUACUGAUGGCGACAAUCCCAUUGCUAGCACCCUAGACGACGAUAAGAAACUAGACGCAGGGGUUGAUGAGAAUGAAGAACUUGAAGAAGGGGAAAUCGAUAAUACCCUCGAUCAUGACCAAGGAGAUAUGGACUAUGAAGCUGGCGAAUGGUAAAGCUAAUAAGCCCCAUGCCGAUUGUAUAACAAAUGUAAAUUUGCUUUCUACGGUUUCCGAGACCACGGGCAUGGAUGGGUUUAGUACAUGUUACAGAUUUGUUUUGAAGUAUCUUGAUUAAAAGGGAACUGAAAGCCAAAGUGCUAUAAGUUCCUCUCGGGCUUCAAUGGUCCAUAGCCAUUGCAUUACAUAGUAGGAGAAGAACAGCGAUAAUCGAAAGGUAGCAUUUUUAAGGUAAACAAGCGAUUCACUUUAGUUUCAAGGUUUACAUUUUAAUAUUACUACAAGCACUUGUAAUUUCUUAAUAAAAAAAUAAAUAAAAAUUAG